UCACGUGUUUCGCACCAAUCAUUGAAGACAAUAAGGGUUAGUCAGGCGACGCGUAAUAGCUUCUGCACGUCUAUGAAUUAUUCAAGCAACCACUUAAUGAUAUGACCGAUAGCUAUGCGAUCAUUUAUGACGAUCGUAAAUCUUUCUGCUUCUUUUCGCGUAACAAUCAGUCGGGUUUUGGUGUUCGUUUUGCUUCUACCAUGGAUGCCAAGACUGUCAUAAGGCGAUACUUGAAGACCACUAAAACGUUCACUCAACUUUGCGGAUUAUGGUGUUAUCAAAGUACUUGUCCAAAAUAUUUUGCGCGACUUGUUGUACUUAUAUUCUCUAUAAUAACUACUUUUAUGCAGGUAGCGAAAGUUGUAAUUUCCGAUAGUUCGGAUGCUUUAUAUGACCAGUGUCCAUUUUUGUGCAUGGCGUUUUUAAUUUUGGCGAAAAUAUACCAUUAUGCCGUUAAUGAAGCAAGGUUCAAGGUAAUUAUGGAUGAUAUAUUCCAUGACUGGAAGGCCAUCAAAUCGAAGGCCGAGUACGAUAUUAUGAACAUAUAUGGAGAGAGAGCGGUGUUCAUUACGACUCUUUAUUUAAUGAAUGGUAUAAUUUCAUCGAUUACAUUUAUUCAAAUACCUUUGGUACCGCUUGUAUUGGACAUCGUCGCACCGCUAAAUGUGUCGCGAGGCAUAGGAUACAUGUUUCCAGCAUAUUACUUCGUCGACGAACAUAGAUAUUAUUACUUGAUAGUAGCGCAUAUGAUUAUUGCGGUGUCAGGAGUUCUUAUAUUUAACGUCGCCUUCGAUUCGACCUACAUGUAUAUCGUACAGCAUGCUUGUGGAUUGUUGGCAGUUUCUGGCUUCCGUUUCCGGAAUGCAAUCCAGGCUACUGUCGUUCAAAAAGAGAAGGACGUGGACAAUGAUACGUACCGAAAUAUAUCGAAAAUGAAGUAUUGUAUGGAUUACUUAAAAUAUUUGGCGUUUUUUUCUGUUCAACUGGUUCAUCUAUUAGUGCUAACAAUUCAGGGACAAUUCGUGACAAACGCUGGCAACGAUAUUCACGAUGCAAUAUGUGAGUCUUUUUGGUAUAAUGGCUCAUGUAGAACUCAAGCGUUGUACAUACUGGUGUUAAGGAGAAGCUUGGUAUAUCCUCAAUUUACUGGUAGGAUUGUACCGAUGAAUUUAAGAAGUUUCGCAGAGAUUGUAAAAGUGUCUGUGUCUUACUUUACGGUAUUGCAAUCCACGUAA